UUGAGCAAACUCCCCUAAACUCGCCUACAGCACUCCCCGGGAAGAGUCACUACAACAGCGGCAGACAUGGAAGCAACCUGUUGCCAUGUAAACUUCUCUUCACGUGCACAGACGUCUAUAGGUGUGCAAAGGUGACAGGUUUUAGUCAGAGAACUCUAGGAUAAGGAAGGGCCAGUGUUUCUCUUCCUCCUCCCUCUUGCCCCACCCUUCCCCAUGGUAAGCCUGACAGACUGGUUGGAUACCUGUGGUUGAUUACUUUUUUUGUCGGCUUCUGCUGAAACUCUACAAGUCUCUGGUUCCCGGUUUCUCCAUGGCUGAUUCCCAACGUAUUUACUGCAAUGGAAAACAUAAAUUAUCUGGGGAUCAUUUGAAAAACGGAGUGAAUAAAAUAAAUGGAAUUUCCAAAACACUGCGGCAGAAUGGAACCACAAACGGCAGCCUUUACAAAAGGCCAUUCAUGGAAUCAUUUGAAGAAGCGCCAAUGUAUGUUGCUGUGUUCACCUACAUAGGUUUUGGAGUUGUAACAUUAUUUGGCUACCUACGGGAUUUCAUGAGAGCAUGGGGACUGGAAAAAUGCCACAUGGCUGCAGAGAGGGAAGAACAGAAGGACUUUGUCCCUCUCUAUCAAGACUUUGAAAAUUUUUACACGAGAAAUCUUUACAUGCGAGUUCGAGAUAACUGGAAUCGACCAAUCUGCAGUGUUCCGGGACCAGAGUUUGACCUAAUGGAACGUCUGACCGAUGACUAUAACUGGACAUACAGGCACACAGGGAGAGUUAUUAAAAAUGUCAUAAACAUGGGGUCCUAUAACUACCUUGGGUUUGCAGAGAAUGAUGUUUCUUCUUUAGACACCGUGAUGAACAUGGUAACAAAGUACGGAGUUGGAGUUUGCAGUUCUAGGCAAGAAAUGGGAAACUUGGAUAAGCACAAAGAACUGGAAGAGUUAGUGUCGCAGUUUGUAGGUGUUGAAUCUGCAAUGGUAUUUGGUAUGGGGUUUGCAACCAACUCAAUGAAUAUCCCUGCAUUGGUUGGCAAGGACUGUCUCAUUUUAAGUGACGAGCUGAACCAUACAUCUUUAGUACUUGGCGCCAGGCUUUCUGGAGCUACCAUUCGUGUGUUCAAGCAUAAUAAUAUGAAGAACCUGGAAAAGCUAUUAAGGGACGCAGUGGUACAUGGUCAACCUCGUACUCACAGGACCUGGAAAAAAAUUCUCAUUCUCGUGGAAGGCAUUUACAGUAUGGAAGGUUCUAUAGUUCGUCUUCCGGAGGUUGUUUAUUUGAAGAAGAAAUACAAGGCCUAUCUUUAUCUGGAUGAAGCACACAGUAUUGGUGCUGUUGGGCCAACAGGCCGAGGUGUAGUGGAGUACUUUGGAAUAAACCCUUCAGAGGUUGAUGUACUGAUGGGUACUUUUACCAAAAGUUUUGGUGCCAUUGGAGGAUACAUUGCUGGAAAAAAGGAUCUUGUGGACUUCCUAAGGACGCAUUCGCACAGUGCUGUUUAUGCAACGUCAAUGUCCCCUCCUGUAACAGAGCAGAUUAUCAGGGUGAUGAAGUGCAUCAUGGGACUUGAUGGAACAAUGACAGGACUUCAAAGGGUGCGUCAGCUUGCAGAGAACACCCGAUACUUUAGAAAGAGGUUGCGUGAACUGGGAUUCAUUACUUACGGGAAUGAAGACUCUCCAGUCAUCCCUGUACUUUUAUACAUGCCUGGAAAAGUAGGGGCUUUUGCAAGACAUAUGUUAGAGAAGAAAAUUGGUGUUGUUGUAGUUGGAUUUCCAGCAACUCCUAUCACUGAAGCCAGAGCAAGAUUUUGUAUAUCUGCUGCACAUACGAAGAAGAUGUUGGAUACGGUCCUUGAUGCACUUGAUGAAAUGGGCGAAUUUUUGCAGCUAAAAUAUUCCCGACACUCCAAAUCUUCUCGUGUAGUACACAUUGAUCAACCAAACUAUGAAAUCGAUGACUGAACUUCGGUCACUUCCUGUAAUAGCGCUGUUGCUAUGGAGCUUCUUCAGUCUGGAAUCAGGCACCAUUGCAUCUGUGGAUAACUGCUCUAUCAGCCAAUAAAGAGGACUCCAUACAUAACACAAGCCUGCAGUAAAGGGGUUAACACGAUCUAUUGUCAACCUUAGUGUGUCUGUAUCAGUUCACUAAUCUGUAAUAUCCCACCAGCUCUUGAUUUGCGUACGUGAAUAUCAACCACACUGGCUGCGUUGCACUCAAAUCAAGAGUCAUAAAAGCGUAUAAAUAUAUAUAUAUUUCUACCUCUUUUUAUAUGAACAGAAAAACUAACCAAAAUGUUUACUUACAAAAAUAAUUAAUUUUCAUAUACAAAACAAAAUUGGAGACUUUCCCAAAAAAAAAAUGCACUCACUCCAGAUUUCUUCAGUUCAGUAUUAGUUUUGCAUUUGUAAUUAAUCGCCUAAAGUGCCAUAAAUGUCACAUUUUUUGUUUUAAACAGUAAACCUUUUAAAAUGUUAAUAUAUGUUUGUUCUGUACAAAUAAAAAAGAAAAUCACUAUGUUAUUCCUGCAGAAAUCUUAGCUAGAAAUAUAUUGUUAGUAAUCUAAAAACACACUUUCAUAUCCUGCAAUAAAAUCUAAUCCCUUAACUACCAGAGAGGAAGGUUAUUUUCCCUGGCAGCAAAGGAGUUAAAAAUAAAAAUACAGGUUGUAGCGAUCUAUUUUUAGGUUUUUACUAGAAGAUAACAAAUUGUUGUUUUGCUUCAUUUUUUUAUUUUAUUUUUUACAACAUUGAUUAUAAAUUAAAUCUUUGGCUACAUUAAUUUCCAUUUGUAAAUGUUAUGGUUUGUAGAAACAACAAAUUUUUCCAUACAAUUGUACACGCAUUUUUGUUUUGUUCUUGUAACUGGAAUAUGAUGUGGCCCAUUGUUUUUAUUUGUAUCUUGCCUCCAGUCCUCAUGCCCCUGUAAUAAGCCUCAUUUAAAGGGUUUCCCUACCUGAACAGAAGUAAAUCAGUUAAAGGGACAUUAAACAAUUUGAGAUGGCAAUAUAAAAUUAUAAAUCAUAUAUAUAAAAAAAACUCUGCAAUAUAUUUUCAUUAUUUAUUUGGUCCACUUUUCCUGUAAUUUCAUUAUGAUAUUGUGAGCUAUUCAGUUCCUGUUAGAAAUAGAAGUGCAGAACACUGUUAUAUUCCACACAGCCAUUGGCUGCACACUCUAGUGACCUAUUUAUAACAGUCCCUAAUUGGUCACAGCAGAGAAGGUAUCCUAAGAUACAACAUGGCAAGUCCCAUUGUUUUAUAUAAACUAAAUAUUGACAAAAGAAGUGUAAAGUUUUAAACGGCUAAUGAGACUUUUAAAAAAACGUACCUACAUGUUAUUCUUAGACCAAUAUUUUCUUUGAAUAUAUCAUUUAUUUAGUGCUAGAUUUAUCAACGCUGAGGCGUACAGGGGCGCUUAUACGAGCCCCUGUACGCCUCAGCUCGCCUGUGGCGGCGCGAAAUUACCCACAGGUAAUUAACAUUGCACACAAGCGCAAUUUUGCGCUCGCGUGCAAUCCCGCCCCCUGCCCGCGCACAGCCAAUCACGCUCCGGCAGGAGCUGUCAAUCUCCUCGGUCGGAUUCGACCGAGGAGAUUGAAUUUCGCCACAAUAGAGGUGGCGAAGAUGUUAGGGAAGCAGCAGUCUGGUGACCGCUGCUUGAUAAAUCUCGGGGAGCAAGUUCUUGAGAGAACUUGCAGCCGAAGAGGCUUGAUAAAUCGAGCCCAUAGUGUUUAAUGUCCCUUUAAAAUAACAGAGCAACUGUUCAGUUUUUGCUUGGCUGUUAGUAGAGGGCUGGAGUUGAGAAACACUGUUUAAAUUAAUAAUUUAUUUAUUAUAUCAUUCUUCCUUAUAAUAAACCAAUAUUUAAAACAUA